GGAGCGGGAGGCAGAGAGGGAGAAAGACACACGCACGCAGAGACACACGGUCACUGGAAUUCCAUUAGAAAAAGUGAGCCGAGCAGGGGUUAGCGGGAGAAGAUUUUUUUGAAUCUUGUCUUCGUCUUGGUGCGAAAGAAGACACUCUGGUCUUGUCGUCCUCGAAGCUCCCGGCUGGAUUAUUCCUGGGCGCUAACCCUCAGUCGUUGGAUUUCUUUCCUGUUUGCAUUUUAUUCUGACCCCCUCCCUCGCCUCUUCCUUCCAACCCUUCUCAAAUCGCCUCUCCCCCUAGCCUCUCAGACCCCUCCUGGGAGCGCAGAGGAGUAGGACCCGCGGGGACUCGCGCCUUCCCGGACCAGCGCAGGGGAGGGCUGACCUCGGGACCCGGCUGUCGGCUUAGAAGCAGAUAACACAGCUACGUGUCUGUUUGAUUGUGUUGGGCCAGGGGGCAUCGAGAGGCAGCCCACCGCCCUCCUUCCACCCCACCCCCUCCAGCCAGAGGCGAGAAUCACAGGACUCAGGAUCUUCAUCGGGUGGACUAGCUGGGAUCUCCGCAUUGGAUUUGGGGCUGAUUAUCACUGCUUGGCUAUUAUUAUUGUUUAUUAUUAUUAUUAUUUUUUACCCAAGGGAUAAAGACAAAAAAACCUGUGGGAUUUAUUUAACAUGAUCUUGGCAAACGCCUUCUGCCUCUUCUUCUUUUUAGACGAGACCCUCCGCUCGUUGGCCAGCCCUUCCUCCCUGCAGGGCCCGGAGCUCCAUGGCUGGCGCCCCCCAGUGGACUGUGUCCGGGCCAAUGAGCUGUGCGCGGCCGAAUCCAACUGCAGCUCCCGGUACCGCACGUUGCGGCAGUGCCUGGCGGGCCGGGACCGCAACACCAUGCUGGCUAACAAGGAGUGCCAGGCGGCCCUGGAGGUCCUGCAGGAGAGCCCCCUAUACGACUGCCGCUGCAAACGGGGCAUGAAGAGGGAACUGCAGUGCCUGCAGAUCUACUGGAGCAUCCACCUGGGGCUGACUGAGGGUGAAGAGUUUUAUGAAGCUUCACCCUACGAGCCUGUGACCUCCCGCCUCUCGGACAUUUUCAGGCAUGCCUCGAUCUUCUCAGGGACAGGGGCAGACCCAGCGGUCAGCGCCAAGAGCAAUCACUGCCUGGACGCUGCCAAGGCCUGCAACCUGAACGACAACUGCAAGAAGCUGCGCUCCUCCUACAUCUCCAUCUGCAACCGCGAGCUCUCGCCCACCGAGCGCUGCAACCGCCGCAAGUGCCACAAGGCCCUGCGCCAGUUCUUCGACCGUGUGCCCAGCGAGUACACCUACCGCAUGCUCUUCUGCUCCUGCCAAGACCAGGCCUGCGCUGAGCGCCGCCGGCAAACCAUCCUGCCCAGGUGCUCCUACGAGGACAAGGAGAAGCCCAACUGCCUGGACCUCCGCAGUGUGUGCCGGACCGACCACCUGUGCCGGUCCCGGCUGGCAGAUUUUCAUGCCAACUGUCGAGCCUCCUACCAGACGGUCACCAGCUGCCCUACGGACAAUUACCAGGCGUGUCUGGGCUCCUAUGCCGGCAUGAUUGGGUUUGAUAUGACCCCCAACUACGUGGACUCCAACCCCACUGGCAUCGUGGUGUCCCCCUGGUGCAGCUGUCGUGGCAGUGGGAACAUGGAGGAGGAGUGUGAGAAGUUCCUCAGAGACUUCACGGAAAACCCGUGCCUCCGGAACGCCAUCCAGGCCUUUGGCAAUGGCACAGAUGUGAACGUGUCCCCUAAGGGCCCCUCAUUCCAGGCCACCCAUGCCCCUCGGGUGGAGAAGACUCCUUCUUUGCCAGAUGACCUCAGUGACAGCACCAGCCUGGGGACCAGUGUCAUCACUACCUGCACGUCUGUACAGGAGCAGGGGCUGAAGGCCAACAACUCCAAAGAGUUAAGCAUGUGCUUCACAGAGCUCACGACAAAUAUCAUCCCAGGGAGUAACAGGGUGAUCAAACCUAACUCAGGCCCCAGCAGAGCCAGACCGUCGGCUGCCUUCACUGCUGUCUCCCUCCUGAUGCUGAAACUGGCCUUGUAGGCACCGGGAACGUGGCAGAAGAUUCCUGAAAGCUACACAGACAAGAACACCCGCCUGACAAAAUGGAAACACACACAGACACACACACACACCUUGCAAAAAAUAAUUUUUUUCCCCACCUUGUCGCCGAACCUGUCUCCUCCCAGGUUUCUUCUCUGGAGAAGUUUUUCUAAACCAAACAGACAAGCAGGCAGGCAGCCCAAGAGCCGGCCCUGGGGUCCUUGGCGCCAAGGAGGGCUCAAGGCUCUGGGAAUGCCCUUCACUCUCUCCUGGUGUUUUCCUCUCUGGAUCCUUUGGAAGCAGAAACCAAGACGAGAGCCUUGCAGCUGAAGGGACUCACGGCUGUGCUUGGGGCGGGCUGGGGCGGGCUGGGGCAGGAUGCUGCAGCUGCUUUUUUAAGCUGCCCACUCUGGGAACCUGCUGGGCUGGCAGAGAGCCUCAGCCCCAGCGAGGUGGCAGGGCUGGCCAUGGGGGUCCAGCUGGGCAUGUUCAGCCCUUCCUCUUGGCUUCAAGGCAGGAGUUGGUCCCACGCUUGCUCUCUGCCCUCAGGCAAGCUAUGGGAGUCUGUAUCUGGUGUGGGAGCCCCCGUUUAUGCCAAUGGGGGAGCACUGUGCUAGACUCCCCCCGACUGUAGCACAGACUGGUAGGCCCGGCCCGCUCAGCCUGCCUGGGAGACCCCCUUGUGGGGAGGGAGCAAAAUGUGGGCACCAGCCCUAAGGGUGUUUCUUCCUCCUUGGUGGCUGGAAUUUUGAGAUCAAGAGAAAUGAUACUUUGUUGGCUUUUUUUGCUUCUUGUGAGUCCGUGUGGCGGGUCUCCCUUUGGGGAGAGGGACAGGGGAGACCACAGCAGGACACGUGCUGACGACACUCUGGCCUUUCUCUGGCUCUCUCCGUCUCUCUUCUCCCCCUCCUCCAGUCCAUGUUCUCUGCCCUCGUUUCCGAGACAUACGUCGACUGUAUGUACAUACCAAGGCUCCUUUCUCGACAUAUAUGUAUAUACACAUCCAUAUACAUAUAUCGUGUGGUUCCCCUUUCUUUCCUUUUUUUAAGAAGCAAAACUAUCAAAAUAAUAUCCCAACAGAUGAGCGAAAAUGUAUUAUUGUAAAGUUUAUUUUUUUUAAUAAUGUUGUCUAUAAUGGGAACUAAAGGAAAUUGACCCCAGCGUCUGGCUGCAGUCAGGCCGACUGGGCUCCGGCUGGGGUCCCGGAUCGCGUCUGCGCUUAACCAAGGCUCCAAUAAAUGUACUAGGAAGCGA